CACUAACUUCGAGAUCUGGCAUAAUGAUAUCCAUGCACUGAUGCACCUAACACCAAUAAAUAAAUUAAAGGACAAACCCUUGCUAGCUAUCAGCAAUGGCUUUCAUUCCAAGCCCUAUAAUCUACAACAUCCUCAGUAAACUACCAGUGAAAUCUCUAGCCAGAUUCAAGUCCUUAAACAAGCUUUAUUGCUCUUUCAUCAAAGAUCCACACUUCAUCAAUGCCCAUUUCAAGAACCAUAGUGUUGUUCAUGGUGAUCUUUGCUUAAUCCUUUCAUGCAUAGAGCACCAAAAUCUCAACAAUACAUCCAAGAUUCACUUCUUCACCAUCAAAGACAACGAGCAUGCAAUGAUUGAAUACUCAAUUCCUGUAAGUUUCGACACUUACCAUAUCUUACCAUCUUGUAAUGGUUUAAUUUGCUUUUAUGGUCUUCAUGGUAGCGUUCAUGUAUGUAACCCCACCACUAAAACCAUCGUCAAUUUGCCAAAUAUUGAUGAUGAUCUUCAAAGGUUUCAAUCAUGUGGAUUUGGGUUUGAUGGAAUCAAUGGUACAUAUAAAGUGAUUAAAUUUUUCGACCCUCAUAAGAUUGAAAUAUUCACAAUGGUGAAUGGUUCUUGGAACAAAAUAUGGUACACUUACUCACCUUGUUUUGGUUUUCAACACCAUCAACCACCAGUGUUUGCUAAUGGGGUUUUUUAUUGGUUUUCAAUUUCAUCCUCCAUUGUUUCAUUUGAUAUUGGGAAAGAAACCUUUGAAACCAUUUCUUUACCACAAAGUGCUUUAAACAAGGACAAGUACAAGCUUUACUUAGUGGAAUUGAAAGGGGAACUAUGCAUGGUGGAUAUGGACUUUGAAGAUAAGAAAAGAGUUGAUAUUUGGAUCUUCAAAAGCAACGGAGGGCUUUGGGUGAAGCUUGGAACCAUUGUUCAUAGAUCAGAACCUAUUGAUACUACUCGUCCAGUGGGGAUUAAAGCUAAUAAGAAAGAGAUUUUACUGCAUGGAUUUAUCAAAGGAUUGGGACAUUUGAGCUGCUAUAAUAUGGAGACAGGUGGGUUUAGGCCAAUUAAUAUCAAAGGCUUUACUUUAGACUAUUUUCAUGUAAGCCAACAUGUGGAAACCCUUUUCCAAGUUGGUGAUUAAACAAAUGUAAAAUCAUGGAUUUUAUCCCUAAAAGUUGAUUUAUGUUUGAAAGUUAUGAGAAUUCAAUUA